AUGCCUUCGGCAGCAUCUGGGCAGCCAGAUGCUGCCCAGAUGCUGCAACGCAUCGCAUAUUCGUACGUCUUGGGCGACCCGCCUCCAACCACUCUCCAACGGCUCUCCAUAGGGAGAGUCAUCUUCCCUGGAGCGUCAGGCCACACUCCACAUCCCCUUCUCGUCCUCGCUGUCCUGCUCUUGCACUCGCCCACGUCUCCGCUGGCACCCGAUGCCCUUCGCUUAGGUAACACUGGUUCAACAAGUCACGGGACAUUAACUAUCCACCCACACACAAAUCCUGCCUUGCGUCUGCGCACAUUCCCAGGCCGCUCGCUCAAAAGGCCUGUGGACGGAAAGAGAAGCGUUCCUUCCCAUGGCAGUAUGGACGUAACUGCGAAGACCGAGAGCUCUUCGAGUCGAUGUGGAGUCGCCUUUGUUAUCUCAGUGCCCAAGGCACACAAUUUGCGGAGACUGCAGCUUAGCGAACCAGUGGGCGGACGGGAACGGACUAUCUCUGUUUCAGAAAGACUCGAAGAGACAGUAAGCGCGUGGUGA